AUGGCUGCAAAAUUAGCCUAUACAUUAUUUUCCUUUUCCUUCCUAUUUUCAUUAGCCGUCGAUGGGAUCGUCGUGGAAUUGCGUGGACCAUCUAGCGCUGAGCGUCGAUUGCAUUACGACAUGUUAUCGUCCUACUCAUCAGGAUCAUUACGCGAUGAAAAGGGCAUCCCAACUAUUGGCCCCUACGUCAAGGGGUUGUCCAUUGGAACUCCCUACCAACCGAUGCAAAAAAUCUCGCUCACAACGACGAGCGCUGAUUUGCUGAUAUUCAGCAAGAAUUUCACACGGCCCGCCUGGGCGUUUGAUGAAGAGGCUUCCGAUACGUUCGAAUGGAUGAACAGCACCUAUACAAAUUUAACGGCUACGGUGGAUGGGUCACAAAUGAGAAUGAAUGGAAGGGUGUGCAUGGAAUCCUUUCAAUUCAACCACGAGGUCGAGCUGUUUCAAGACUAUAUCCUCUAUUUUGCGCUAAUCGACAGCGCCUCGAACAAUUCGAAUGAAUACCCCGGAAAUGGAAUAUCAGGGAUUAUGGGAUUGGUGGCAUUUCUGAAUGAUGCGGAUUACGAAAAAGGAGUCACACUCAAUUCUUAUACCUGUGAUCAGGGAGGACUGCAAGAAACGGUGGGUAUCUUCUCAGUGUCAGCCCAUCUUGACUCUGCACAUUGUGAUCGUCGACAAUAUAUCGAAACUCCGAUCUACUACGAUGAACAGUGGAGCCUUCACAUACCGAGCUUUACCUACAAUGGUUAUGAUUCGAAAAAGGGAACAAUUGCAACGAUAAAUAUCCAACAGUUGGCUCUCGGAAUGCCGGACGAUUUGUAUGCGCAAGUUGCAAAAGUACUUGGCGUUGAUCCGUCCGCAAAUUUUCCGUACAUCGAUUGUGAUGAGGAUUUUCCGCAAAUUUCUCUAAAGCUGACCAACGGAACGGUAACACUGGGAGCAACAGCGUACAUCGACAAAUUCGCGGACUUCCCCGCUACUUGCCGUCUCAUCGCGUACCCGAUAAAGGCCACCGGAUUCCUCAAUGCAUGGGUUUUCGGCUAUUCGGUGAUGGUAGACCAAUGCCUAUUCCUUGGAUGGGAUCGCCGAGUUGUCGGCUUUGCCCCAGCAACCGCCAAAUGC